AUGGAUUCUCCUCUCUCUGCUAACAGCACUCAUAAUAUUUGUGCUGUUUCUGUAAAUGUCAUAACCUUUUCUCAUUAUAUUCUAUGUUUUGUUUUGGGUGUUAUAGCAGCUCUAACUAUGUGUGGAAACCUGCUUGUAAUAAUGGCGAUUAUUUACUUCAGACAGCUCCACACUCCCACAAACUACUUGGUGCUUUCUCUCUCUGUUUCUGACCUCUUAGUGGGAGUCAUAGUUUUGCCUUUUAGCAUUUUUCUAUCUCUGAAUCCAUGUUGGUAUCUUCAAGGAAUUCUGUGUAAAAUCCGAGGCGUUUUUGAUAUUUUACUUUGUACUUCUUCAAUAUUUAACCUGUGCUUUAUUUCUAUUGACAGGUACUAUGCAGUUUGCCAGCCUCUUAGCUACAAAAGCAGAAUUAACGUACAUGUUAUCGUAGUCAUGAUUUUGGUCACAUGGACGCUGUCAUCUUUUAGCGGCAGUGUCAUCACAGUUUGGGGGAAAAAACGUGGAAAUUCAGAAAGAUGUGUUUUUUUCCAGAAUUUGAAUUUAGCCGUAAUUGGGGCGGUCUUCUCCUUUUACAUCCCUGCGGUUAUUUUAGUUGCAAUUUAUGUAAAGAUUUUCCUUGUGGCGUACAGACAAGCGAGGAGUAUCCAGGCGGCGAAGUCUGGAGGAACUGUCAGCAAAAUGGAAAGGAAGGCCACCCGGACAUUAGCUAUCGUCAUGGGUGUUUUUCUCCUCUGCUGGACUCCCUUCUUUUCAUGCGUAACCUCUCUUCCUUUCAAUAAUUAUAACAUUCCUCUGAUUGUAGUGGAGACCUUUAAGUGGUUUGGAUGGUCCAAUUCGAUGCUAAACCCCUUCAUAUACGCCUUCUUUUACAGCUGGUUCAGAUCUGCUUUUAAAAUGAUUCUUUCUGGGAAAAUAUUUCACAAGAAUUUAGCCAACGUAAAGCUCUUUUAG